AUGGUCCGUUUGCACGCUAAAUCUGCGGCUUCGUUCUUGCAGAAGAGGGAAGGUCCAGAAUAUGGUUCAGCGACCAAUCUGUCCGAACCCACCGUGAGAGCUCUACACCACCUCGGAAGAUGGUUUCCGUUUCCGGUAUCCCUGUUCGAAGACAUGGCCCAGAACCAUCUGUGGUUCUCCGGCUCAUCCGCCGCAGAUAUCUUUGUCCCCGGAACGCGCGAUGGAGACUCGGACCUGGACUUCUACACGCACUACAACAAACAAUGCGUAGGUGGAAGUAUGCGGCUUCUCGAGGCGCAAGGUGUGGUGUGGGAAGACCCGUUCGACCAGAUUCAGACUCUACUCGAUGCCAAAACGCCGAUAUGCAUCCACAUGCAUCGGGCCAAGGUUCUGGGCAUGUAUUACAAGGAGCCCCCUUCCCAACAACUCGGUGCCGUACUGCAAUCAAUAUGCGGCCUCCUUGAUGGCCGUCGAGCUGACAAGUCGAUUUCUGAGAAAGUUGGGGAACACGGAACGCUCACUAUCGACGGCCACGACUUCGAAGGGUAUGGACUUGGCACCUCUCUUGUCGCCGGCCAUACCACCUACGGCAAGAAAACGAAAGUCCAGCUGAUCUUCGCAAAAGGCCGCACUCCGUUAGAACAUAUAAUGGCCUUUCACGCAUCCCACGUGCAGUGUGCGAUUACGCCGUACGGGAUGUUCCAUAUGUAUCACGAAAAAGCAGUGCAGCAGCGCGCUUAUCUCUGGUCGGACAACCGUCAGCAUCCAGAGGGUGUCCUCGCUGCCGUGGCAAAGUACAAGAAGCGCGGUUUCAGCUUCGACGAACGCCACACCCACAAAUGGACCAAUGUCAUCAUCCAUUGGCUCGGACAUGACGGCAGCAGAUUGUUUGAGUUCAACCUGCCUUUGCCGUUGUCAGCGGGUAUGGAUGAAGAGCGCCGAGAGGAGUUCAAACAGCUUGCGUGGCGAGAGGAAGGAGGCAAAACUCGAACGCUCACAACCGGCCGAGACGAACCGGGGUGGGAACCCGACGACCGGAACAAUGAAGAAGAGUUCUUCCAAAACCGGGCCAUGUUGGACAAGUACCUUCCCGGAGGACUCGCGGGGGUGGAUACCCAUCCCUGUGAACUCCCUGCGUUCUCGCCUAUUACUAUAGAACUUCUGCUCGCCUGGAGGAUUUUCAACGCAGCUUAG